UCUGGCCAAAUUUUAUGAAAGACAAGUCGAAUUUCUCAAGCGUGAAAGAAAACGUGUUACAAGAUUUUUCAAUGAUAACAAUAUAAAAGGAGAUAAUUUGUCUAUUAAAGUAGCAAGAUUACAAAUUUUAAUAGAUGAAGGUGAAACGAAUAAAGCAAAAAUUGAAGAACUUUCAAAUAAUCUUUAUAAACGAGAUACUGAAAUCAAAACCUUAAAAGAUAACAUUAAACUUCUAACAAAAGAAAAGGAUGACUUUAAAAAAUGA